UGUUGUAGCUUGGCUUUACAUCCCCAAAAAGACAUUAUAGUCACUGGCAGUGAUGACCACCUCUGGAAAAUGUGGGCUUUUCCUGAUGGGAACAUCAUCAUGACAGGCGAAGGUCACAGUGAUUGGCUUUUGGGCUGCUGCUUCCAUCCAAGUGGCACCCAGCUGGUUACUUCAAGUGGGGAUACCCCAAUGCACAUAUGGGACUGUUCAAAAGGUGGAUGCGUUCUGACUUUAGGAGGACAUGCCCACACUGUCUGGGACUGCUCAUGGCAUUCAUGUGGUGAUUUUGUGGCUUCUGCCUCCAUGGACCACACAAGUAAAAUAUGGGAUGAUAACAGGGAGAGAUGCAGAUACACGACGUGUGGCUAUAAAGAUUCAGUCAAUACCAUUGAGUUUCUUCUAUUCUCCAACACUGUUCUCAGCUCUGCUGAUAAGACUUUAUCUCUCUGGGAUGCCAGAACGAGUCUCCAUGUUUACACAUUCUACGGUCACCUGCAUUCCUAGAAUCAUGCUACAUUCAAUAUGAAGAGUAAUAUGAUUGCUUCCUGUGACUCCCCCGGCAUGAUGAAACUCUGGGACAUUUUAUCCAUAGAUGCAGGCCCACAUCCUGCCAACCAGGUCAUCUUUGAUCACUCUGGUCGUAUUGUGGCUCUGGCGAGCAGCGAUGGAUCCGUUAAGGUUCUGCAACUUGAGUUUGGGCAGCAAUCCAGCCUGCGGGGCCACAGCGGCGAAGUGUGCGGCGUUCUCUUCCAUCACAAGGCAGAGCAGCUGCUUUCCGGGGGUGCCGACGGUACGGUUUGUCUCUGGACCUGGGGAUUAGCACGCUGCUUAAUGUAA